AUGGCGCGGAAGCGGAAGCUGAUGGCACAGCUUGAGCUUUGCGGCCUGGAUAAGGAGGCCAACCGUCUCAUGACAGAGAAGAGCUCCUCGGCCCUGGUGGCAGAUCAGUGCCAGAAGCUCUGUGAUCAGCUGCUGAGACAAGUGGAGCUACAACAAGAGCUGAGCCGCCUUAUGGACGAGGAGGAGACCCUGCACUCAGAGAUCUCCAAGCGCCUCGCAGAUGCGCAGGACUUGGAGGGCAAGCUGAUGGCGAAGGAGCUCCUGAUGCGCCUGCGCACCGAGGCUCAGGCCGUGAACGCAGGGCGCACCAUCGCGCUGAGAGAUUAG